GAGGUGGCUUAGAGAGUGUAGAGCACUGAAGCUCUGGAAUGGGCAAGACUCUCAAAAUUUUUAAGAGAUCGGUUUAUUAAAAGUUGUAGCUUUAGUCUGCAUUUCGCUUUCACGCCGUUUCGUUCACAUUUGUUGUUGAGUUCACAGUGACGGAGUGUUUAAAUGUCGUUGACGUGUUUAAAAAUUUGUUAAUUUGUAUUUAUCGAACCAAUUUUUUCAUAGUUGAUUUUGUGAGUGAAUAUACCCUUCUGAAAUGAGUGAAUUGCAAAAAAAAAAGUGAUUAAUUCUAAUUGGAUUUUAUGUGUAGACAGGAAUUUCUAGUUGCAAACUGGUAAAUUUCCCGUCUUUUUUGAUGCUCCACUGCAUUGAUAUACAUAUGUACAUAUAUUGUGUGCUUAAACAUGUAUUAAAUGUGGUGUACGCUUGUAAAUACCUACAUAAACAUAUACAAAUAUAAAUGCUAUAUUAUACAUUCAGUGCAAUUACGGCUUAUUUAUACCGAUCACGUAUUCCCGUCAACGAAAAAGAGUUACUAGUAAAUACUAUACAUGCUUAAUAAACCUACAAACAUACAUACAUACAUAUAAUGUGUCGAUGUGCGUAAAUCUACUGAGAGUAAAAGAAUAUGAUAUACGAACAAGUGAGAAAAAGUGAAACAGUGAAACAGUGAACUAGGAAUUAAUAUUUAAAUACCCACAAUUAGAGAACUUGGAGCAGCCAGCUUGCUUGAUUAGAUUAAAAAGUACAAUCACUGGAAAUGAAAAUAAAGUUAAUUAUUUUAAGUAAUUAUUAUGUAUCCUAGCCAAAGUAACGCCAAUAUAGGAGGGGGCCCAAGAGUAAGCCCGAAUGAGGAACAUCUACAACAUCAAUCCCCUCAGCAUCAGCAACAACAAAAUAUGAAUUAUAAUACGGACCAAACGAAGCAACAACAUACUGACACUACGUCUCCAUCUCAGCAGCAAACAAACCCAAAUAAAAAAAUCGCUAAAAAGGCGUACGUUAAAAUUGUGGAACAGCCUGCAAGCAAAGCAUUGAGAUUUCGUUAUGAAUGCGAGGGUCGUUCGGCUGGUUCUAUUCCAGGCGUGAACUCGACCCCGGAAAUGAAAACUUUUCCUACCAUCGAAAUUGUUGGUUAUAAGGGGCGAGCAGUAGUGGUCGUCUCUUGUGUAACCAAGGACGCACCAUACCGUCCUCAUCCUCACAAUUUGGUAGGUAAGGAGGGUUGUAAAAAGGGUGUUUGCACCUUGGAAAUUAACAGCGAUACGAUGCGUGCCGUAUUCGGUAAUUUAGGAAUACAAUGCGUGAAGAAGAAAGACAUUGAAAGUGCCUUAAAAGCAAGAGAAGAUAUUCGUGUUGAUCCUUUUAAAACUGGAUUUUCGCACCGUUUCCAGCCAACUAGUAUAGAUCUAAACUCUGUCAGAUUGUGUUUUCAAGUAUUUUUAAAAGGUGACAUGGGUCGUUUCACAGUACCACUGCCACCUGUAGUCUCAGAGCCAAUUUAUGAUAAAAAGGCCAUGUCGGAUCUCGUUAUUUGUCGCAUUUGUGAGUGUUCGGCCUCGGUUUUAGGGAACACAAAAAUUAUUCUACUCUGUGAGAAAGUAGCUAAAGAGGAUAUUGCGGUGCGAUUUUUUGAAGAGAAGGACGGUGUUACAAUAUGGCAAGCAUAUGGUCAGUUCGAGCACAGUGAUGUUCAUAAACAAACCGCGAUUACAUUCAGGACACCAAAAUAUCAUAAUACAAGCAUAACAAUGCCAGUCGAGGUAUUGGUACAAUUGCAAAGACCUUCAGAUGGAGCAGUUAGUGACCCCGCGACAUUUGAAUAUAAGCCAGCGAAGUCGGGUAGGUAUUCCUUAGAAAAUUUGCGUCGUAUGCUCAAACAGCCAGACGAGUGCGUAUUUCAAGAAAUAUUAAAAACAGCAGAUGAUAAAAAAUUAAGUUUUGAAGAGGCUAUAAAUUUGGACACUUCAACUGCAGAGUCGCAUGAAGAGAUGAAGGGUUAUUUGGAUAACUCUAUUACAGUAGAAGCGGCAGAGGCCGAUAAACGCCGUAAGGAGAAUGAAAUCGAUGCGAUAAUCGAUGAGAAAGUAAGAGAGUUGGAACAACAGGAACUUAAUAUGGAACCAGUAUCUAAUAAGAAACAGCUUGGUGCAAUAUCGGAGGAGGCUAAAGUGGAAAAUGUUCAACCACAGCUACAAGUUGAACGAGUUGCAAGUUCGCAGUUGGAAGAAAUGAAAUAUACUGGAGCGAAAGAACAGAAGCAACUUUCCGUUAAUGAUAAAAUCAAUGAAUGGAUGAAAAGCAAUGAAUUACAGGAGAAUGAAGGUUCUCCGCCACCAGAUGGUGCAGCAUCCAUUGCUUCUAUUGACGAGGAUAAAGUUCUUACAGCACUACUGGAUGAAGCUGCUGAAUUAGACGAAAUUUAUACACGACAUGUGCUUCAACGUGACACAUAUAAAGCUAUGCUCACUGAAAUAAAUGAUAAGAAUUCUGAAAUAGACGGUCAGAAGAAAUCUAUGGAAGUAGAUGAUAGUUUUGAUGAUGCAGCUACUUAUAGUAGUUUGCAGAGAGCUUUUAAGAACCCUGUCGAUAUUCCGUUAGAUGACUUAAUGCCACCAACUCCCCCAUCCUCUCAACUUGCUCCAGAAGAUGCACAGUAUGAUCGUAAUGGAUCUUUUGCAUUAAGUGCUGAUGCUGCACUGGCUACACUGGAGCAGAUUCCUAUACCACCAUUACAUCAACAGCCAAGUCAGCAGCAAAGAACCAAGCAAACGGUCUCACCACCGCGUCCAUUGCCACCAAAAUAUUUGUCACCACACAUGCACGUGACCGCUGCAGAAGAGGAGAAAUUACCCCCUCUACCACCAAAACGUAUACGAAAGCAAGAUGGAAUUACUGAAAGCAAUUCGAUUCAAGAGAAUAUCAACGUUGUAUCCGAUUACAGAUCUCGUUCACCAGCUCCGAUUAUAAUAAAAAAGACUCCAGAUCAGUCGCCACUUUCAAAGCGUUUGCCCUCCAAGCCGCUUAACGGCAGUAAUUCAAAUACAUUACCUAAACAAAAGAAAUCAGGAUUUUUCUCAAAGAUUUUUUCGCGACGUAAAAGCAGGCCUGACCUCAAUCAAAGUGGGGACGUAGCCCAAAAUUCCAAGGGCACUACUCCAAAUUUAAGUCGUGAACCAAGUAUUUCCCAAUUUCGAAUGAACGAUCCAAAUCGCGGAUCUGUAAAAUCUCUUCAGCCUAUAUCCUUACCAACAAGCCCCACUAAAAGUGAAUUUAAUAAGGGAACUAAGCCAAGUCGCCCAGUUGGUCGCAGUGUUAGUAGCGUUUCGGGAAAACGCCCAUCACGUUUGACCGCUGAUGUUAUACAUAUACCAUUGAAAGGCGAUAGUAUUAAUAGUCUGCCUCAAAACGAAGAGUACUCACAUGCCAGUACCGUAACGUUAAGCAAUACACUUGACCGUAAAACUGUUUCUGCCUUACAACUUGCCGAUAUUCCACUAUGUGAGGGGAAUAUGGAACUAGUAGCGAUAGCUGACCGCCAAAGUCUGCGUAACUUAUGCGAAGGGGCUUUCAACGUCCAACUUGAUCCCGAUGUAGAUUUAACAGAAGCAGAACAUUUCGCAUUAUAUACCAGCAUACCGCCCCAAGCAACAACCAGCGAAUUCGACGAAGCUUCCGCGUAUUACGCCGCAGUUGAUGCGGGGGAGAUUUUAACUCCUGAUGAAAUCGCUAGGCGUUUGGCAGCAGCGAACUGCAUCAAUUGAAAUGAAGAACAAUUAGUAAGCUCUUCGGAAGCUAGGGGAUUUCCAUAAUUAAUUUGAUGAAAUUUGAUCAUGGAUCUUACAUUAAGUAGUGUCUUUGACUAUCAAUUGAAAACUUUUAAAAAUAUACAUACAUACAUACAUAUAUGUAUGUAUGUAUUGCUGUUUACAAAGAAACUCCUAACGAAUGAUGAAAACACACUGAUGUCUAUACUUACAUAUAAAUGUACAUAUGUAAGUGUAUGUUAAGAUUUUGAAAAGAAAACGAUACAACAAAACAAUGUCAACGUAUUUUUCGGCAUUUAGUUUUUGAUAAAAAAAUAAAAUAUUACUGUGCAAUCGAUUGAUUUUAUAACAAUACCCUGGUAUUGAAUAUUUGUAAUGUAUCGAUCUGAUACAUAUUUUAUGUAGAGUAAUAUGCAUAUAGUACAUACAUUGAAAUAUAUACAUAUGUAUGUGUAAAAAUAUAUACCUACGCACAUACAUAGGUACAAAUGAUACUGAGAUUGUUUGAGAUACAGAUGAAGUAUGCUCUAAAUUUGGUAAUGGCAAUGUUGGCGUCAAAAAAUCGACCGUACCGACGACUGAAGUACUUACAUACAUAUGUAUAUAAAAAUAAGAGAUUGAUGUAUUCAAGCUUCGCCCAAUUUGAACAUGGAUUCAUUUAUUAUAUAUCAAUACAAAAUAUGGAUUGGAACCCCGAUCUAUUUGUAGCUUUUUAUAAAACCAUAAUAUUAAGCCAGAUGUAUUAGAUUUUAAAAUUACACAUGUAACUGAAUUAUUGACGAAGUACUUAAAAGCGAACUUUGUAUGAAAUUUA